AAAGUGAAGUCCCAACUUUUAAAUCCAAAAUAAAAAGAGAUUCGUAUCAUUAUUCUCGUUUAUCAAUUCAGUAUACCUUUACUCUAAUGGUGUUAAGGGUACUGUUCAAAUUCAUCUCUAUGUGGAUGUCUGCAGUUUUUAUCAUCCAGAACUUUCUUGAAACUUGAAAGACUCUGAACGGAUAUAAAAUACUGCUUUGCUUUGAUCACGUUCAAAUAACAGGUAUUAACUCUUGAUCUUCUUCCUCAACUUCGUUAAGAAGAACAAAAUCUAGUAGUUUACGUGAUCCGAGCAUAGAGAUCUUUUAGCUGAAGAAGUAAGGACAGCGGAGAAAGAUCCCUUCUUGACUGCGGUGAGAAAAGAAAAGUACAUAAAAAAAUACGGGUGACUUUGAAAAAUGAGAAAAAGGGUGGCAGAGGAAAGGGACGCAUGGAGGAGCUUGGAAUGGUCUGGACGUCACGCUUCGUCUAACCUCUAUGUGCCUUUGAAAGAAAUCUAUUUGCUUCGAACGCCGGACCUGCGAUUUCAUGGCUGACAGUUUACUGGUGACUUGAUUCUAUCAGACGGGUAUGGGAUGAUGAAAUUACGUAAAUACCCUUAUUCAUGGCCUAUGUUUCGGUGUUACCGGGUUAAUUAUGGAACUUCAAUCUACCUGUCAUCGGUACCUUCGAGCCCUGCGACAUUUUCCUCUUCCCAGACGGUUAUCCUACUCGUCGAGCUCAGGCCUUGGAAAGGAGGGCCUUGUCAUUUUAUGCCAAAACAAGCAAAGCCGUCCCUGGAUAAUCUUAGUGCUUGGUUUCUCGCUCCCGACAGAGAGUUACUGAAGUCUUCAGCUACUCUCCUCUCACUCACUCUCUCUCAGUCGGUUGCGUCGCCCUGUUUUGUCGCCUGCAAUUGCCGUCGCACAAAAGUCCUUCGUGGCACAGAAGGAAACACCAUUCGACCUUCUCAAAUUUCAGACUUUGGAACAUUUGAGCAGUCCCUUGGAUUUCGCAUAGAGGAUGCUGCUGACCUAAUUCCUGUAUAUUACCAGAUGAAGUCGAAUAGCCAGGCACUUGGUACAGAUAUUCAGUUUGCCACUGUAAAUAAGACAUUACAACUACAGACAGAACCACAAGCAAAUCUGGUUUCUACAUUUGGUGGCCAUCGUGAAAACUGGGGGGAGUCCACUAUGGCAGAAGCAAGCCCAAGGACUGAUACCUCAACAGAUGACACCGAUGACAAGAAUCAUGGGCAUGAAAGGGGUCAAUUGACUGCUGUUGUAGUUUCUGAUUCCAGUGACAAAUCGAAAGAGAAAUCAGGGGAUCAGAAGACAUUACGCCGGCUUGCUCAAAAUCGUGAAGCUGCCAGAAAGAGCCGAUUAAGGAAAAAAGCAUAUGUACAACAGCUUGAGAGUAGCCGACUAAAGCUAACUCAACUAGAGCAAGAGCUGCAGCGAGCCCGCCAGCAGGGCAUAUUUAUUUCAAGCUCUGGAGACCAAUCCCAUUCAAUGAAUGGAAAUGGUGCCUUGGCAUUUGACGUAGAGUAUGCACGGUGGCUAGAAGAGCACAACAAGCAGAUAAAUGAGCUGAGGGCUGCAGUCAAUUCACAUGCUGCUGAUGCUGAGCUUCGGAUCAUUGUUGACAAUGUUACGGCACACUUUGAUGACAUUUUUAGGCUAAAAGGCAUUGCGGCGAAAGCGGAUGUUUUCCACGUCUUGGCAGGAAUGUGGCAGACACCAGCAGAACGAUGUUUUAUGUGGAUUGGUGGCUUCCGAUCAUCUGAACUACUCAAGCUUCUUGUGAAUCAGUUGGAGCCGUUAACUGAGCAACAAUUGGUGGGCAUCUACAACUUGCAGCAAUCAUCCCAGCAGGCUGAAGAUGCUCUCUCACAGGGCAUGGAGGCAUUGCAGCAAUCCCUGGCCGAGACAUUGGCCAAUGGGUCACCUAGCCCAUCGGGAUCAUCUGGGAAUGUGGCGAACUAUAUGGGUCAAAUGGCUAUGGCCAUGGGAAAGCUUGGAACUCUUGAAGGUUUCCUUCGCCAGGCUGAUAAUCUGCGCCAACAAACACUCCAACAAAUGCACCGGAUAUUGACGACCAGGCAAUCAGCUCGUGCUCUUCUUGCAAAAAAUGACUACUUCUCUCGACUACGAGCACUCAGUUCUCUCUGGCUUGCCCGGCCACGAGAAUGAGAAGCACAGAAAUCCUCAAUGAAGUUGUUAUCCCGAAGGUUGAUCUUCUCCCGAGCCCCCUAUCCUUUCGAGUUAAGCUUCAAAGUUUGUGAAGAGUCAACAUAUGAUUCACCAUUAAGUCAACUACAGCAGCAUAUGAAUUUCCAAUUCCUUUCGGGACCUGGAUGUGGUGCCGUAAGGUCACAUUUGUGAUAUAAGCCUCCAUCUGUAGUUCUAGUGUAGGGGUUCACGUUUGUUUGUUGUUGAUAUUGUCUCCAUCUGUAGUUCUAGUGUAACAUAUGUUCGCCUAGGUCUUUUGUUCUUAUUGAUUAUGCUCAAAACUAUGGUGAUAAUCUUAUUAUGUUAGAUGUUAAAUAGUAGAACCAAUGAGAAAAAUAGCACAGUAGUUGUAAUAUAAUCUAGGUUACAGCUCUCAA